AUGGAUGCAAAACGAUCCAGACUACCUCGAGCAGCUUCCAACUCAGCUAUUAGACCUGUCCCUGCUCCUUCAACUUCGACUUCUACAUCAUCAAGACUCCCCGGUCCAGCUCGUAUAGUCAGACAAUCGACAGUCGCUCGUAAACCAUCUAUACCACUACGUUCAAACAGAAAGAUCACACCGACAGAUAUUCAAGAUCAAUCCAGUAUCUCACCUGCCAAACGAUUAUUACCUAGUCGAUCGACAUUGGGUUUGACUAAACCCACGCUUUCAGCACCAGUACGAGCAAGUACGAGCCGACAUCUUGGUCCUCCUAACCCUUUGGGACCUAAGAGGACCAUCACAACUGCUACUACUACUACUUCCAGAACCUCCUCUAUCGCUAGUUCCUCAGGCGUGGGCGUCAAACCUACCUCCACAUCCUCGGUUUCUGUGAGGAAUGGUAAAGAUAACAUCUUCAGGUCUCUUGAUCCAUUCACAGAGAUCAAGAGCUCAGGAUCAAUCGGCUCUACAUCCACAAACAAUGUCUCAAAAGGUAUUGGUUCAAAGAAAGGAUUUCUAGGUCUCGGUAGUCCCUCUCGACCUACUCGAAUACCUACCACACCAUCUUCUCGUCCGCCAUCUCAAUCAGUCUUACAAACUCCAGCUCUUCCUCGAGUCAACACUAUGCCAUGGACAUCCCAUGAUCCAGAUGAUCAGCUCAAAGAUGUCGAAUUGAGUUUUACCGCUGAAGACGAUUCAAAUGAUACUUCUUUAAUCGAACCGUUAGAUUUUGGCUCUGCGACUAGUCGGUUCGCCCACAAAACUCCGCUUCCGCUGUACAAGAACGCUAGUGUGUCAGAUUUGGAGAAUAUCCAAUAUGAGAGGGAUGAGAAGGUCAGAGAGGUGAGAAAGUUGAAGAGUCAGGGGGUCAAAGAAGCUUGGAGUGAAGUUGUGAGAGCUAGUGAAGGGGAUUUAGCCGAGAUCAGGAUAAUGCAGGAAUUGGUUGAAGCUUUGAAGUUGGAUUUGAUCAUGCGAGAGAAUAGAAAUGUACUGUAG